AUGAAAUAUGGGUUUGUUAGAGACUAUUACGUAUGGUAUUUGCAUGACGAAAUUCAAAACUACAAUACGGUCCAUAGAAGAAGUACUGAUUCGACUGACAAUACUUGCAAUGUGGAAUAUCAACAUGGUGAGUUCUCUAAUGCUUAUGAGCAACUAGUUGCAGAUGCAGCAGGGCCUAGUUUCUCCCCAUCAAUAAGUACUGAGCCUUCAAACCAAUCUACUCAGAGAUUGUAUGACAUGUUGGCCGCUGCUAAUCAGGAAUUGUGGCCAGGUUGUGAAAAUCAUUCACAACUGUCAGCUGUGGCAAGGAUAUUGAAUAUCAAAUUUGAACAUCAUUUGUCCGAACGUUGUUUUGAUAAUAUUUGCCAAUUAAUCAAAGAAAUUUUACCUACUGAUAAUUUGUUUACUGAUAAUUUCUACUCUACAAAGAAAUUGCUUGAAGGCUUGGGAUUACCAAUUCAGAAGAUUCAUAGUUGCUUAAAUGGUUGUAUGAUUUAUUGGGGUGAGGAUAAUGAAUUGCUCAGGUGCAAGGUGUGUGAUCAUCUGAGAUACAAACGAUUGCAAGAUAGCCAGAGCUCUAGUAAAACCCAAGUUGCUUAUAGUAAAAUGUAUUACAUGCCAAUCACACCUAGACUACAAAGGUUGUACGCAUCUAAUGCUACAGCUAAGGAUAUGACUUGGCAUGCCAAUCAUGGGACUAAUGAUGAUUUAAUGCAUCAUCCAGCUGAUUCGCAUGCAUGGAAAGCUUUUGAUAAUAAUUGGCCUCAUUUCAGUGCUGAAAAACGUAAUAUCCGUCUGGGACUAUGUACCGAUGGUUUUCAACCCUUUGGACAAUCUAGUCAGCAAUAUUCAUCAUGGCCUGUCAUAUUGACACCGUACAAUUUACCCCCAUGGUUAUGCAUGAAAGGUGAGUAUAUGUUUCUCACUAUACUUGUCCCAGGGCCUAGAAAUCCAAAAGAUAAGUUGGAUGUGUAUUUGCAACCCCUAGUAACUGAGUUGAAAGAUUUAUGGGAGAAUGGAGUUGAAACAUAUGAUGCAUUCAAUAAAGAAAAUUUCAACUUGCGAGCUGCUUUAAUGUGGACUAUAAGUGAUUUUUCUGCUUAUGCAAUGUUAUCUAGAUGGAGCACUGCAGGACGGACUGCUUGUCCUUAUUGCAUAGAAGAUAGUGAUGCAUUUACAUUGACAAGAGGAGGUAAGCAAUCAUGGUUUGAUAAUCAUCGCAAAUUUUUACCUCCUAGCCAUUCUUUUAGAAGAAACAAAACAGCUUUUAGGAAGAAUAUAUCUGUUACUAAGAAAGCUAAACCACCUAUUUCCGGUGAAAAAAAUACUGAAACAGAUUAA